CGUCGCGAGAGUGCAAGAAUUGUCUCGUAUUUUUGCAUUUUUCUCAUCCAAAAUCGAAUCAUUUUCACGAAAAUUCGGUUAAAUUGCUUGCGCAAGACUCUCCUUUCCCGUUGUGAUACGUUAGCAAUUUAAUUUACAGCAAAAAAGUGCGACAAAAAUCCAUUGGAAAAAAACAGAAGAAAAAAAUUUCAGUGCUACAUAACAUAGAAACAGAGCGAACGACGACGACGAACAAUCCCUACGUUGAACGAGAAAUCUCGUCUUUUUUUCCUUCAUCAUUAAAUAUUAUUAUUGUUAUUACACUUUAAUUGCUUCGAUUGUUUCCUUAUUGCUUCUUUGCUGCUUCUUGGAUUGCAGAAAGGCUGGAAAAACUCGCGAGUCCGAGAGAAAAGUGCGUCUCCGAAGCUGCUUUGCUGCCAUCAUCAUCACGAAAAAUGGAUUGUUUAUAUUGUUAUUGAACGAAGAAAUUGACGAAAAAAAAUCUGAAAAAGAAAAAAUGAUGCGAAAAUAAUAAAUAAAGUGGCUAUCUGGCAAAAAAUAUCAAACAAACACAAAGAAAAGAAAUAUUUAUCAUUUUUUCAUAACAAAAAAAAAAUAUAAAUAAAUAUAAAAUUGUGUGUAAAAAAAACUUGUGUAGCUGGCUGUAACAAGUGAGACACUAUUAGACCAGACUUUGAUACACACGCAAAAUUUUCAUAUAAAUUUUGCAUAAUUUUAUCAGGUCAUGGUUAUUAUCAGUAAAGAUGAUUAUUUAUCCUUCAUGAAUGAAGUUGGAGUCAGAAUGCAAACUCCAUCCGGGAACGUAAAUAAUCAAUUGUCGACGACAAUUUCGGUUGGAGGCUCCGUCACAGGCACAUCUACGCUCGGCGGCGUCGGCAAGCAGAACAACAAUCUCGAUGUCAGCAACUCGCAAAUUUCACUGAUUCCGUCGCAAUUUCAGCCGCCAUUACCGCAAGCGCAGCAAUUGCUGCAACAGUUACAGCAACAAAGUCAACAGCAGCAAGCGCAACAACAAAUUAAUGGGAAUGGCGCGAACACGGGCGGUAAUAAUAAGUCGCCGCAAGUUGCGCGGGCAUGUCUCGUUUGUCGACCCAAUUCGCAUCCGUUUCAAAACCGCACGUUAUAUUUAGAGCCAAAUGUAGAAGUAAAAGUCGGGCGUUCCGUUGCACGCAACAAAGUCUCCGAAACUAAUGCCAUUUUCGAUUGCAAAGUCCUUUCGCGAAAUCAUGCCGUGCUGUGGUACAGCGACGGCAAAUUCUUCCUCAAAGACACGGGCAGCAGUAAUGGCACGUUCAUCAACAACCAACGCCUUAGCCAAACGACGACAGAAUCCGAGCCGUUCGAAGUCAGUUCAGGCGACAUUGUGCAAUUUGGUGUCGAUGUCAUGGAAAAUGCGCGCAAAGAAACGCACGGAUGCAUCGUGGCGACACUCAAACUCUUUUUGCCGGAUGGGCGUGAGACGAAGGCGAGCCAAAGUACGUUGGUUGGGGCAAUUUGUACGAAAAUCGAGCCAUCCGAUCUGUAUCGCUUGAAUCAAUACGUGCAGGAAAUAGUACAAAGGGAUCAAAUUAUGGAGUCCAAACUCAUGAAUAUGCAAAAGACUGUCGAUGUCACGAGAAAAAACUCUUCUGCUUGUUGGCAAGCCCUUAUCGACGAAGAUCGUCUCCUGAGUCGCAUCGACAUGCUUGAGAAAAAAUUGCAAUUCAUGCAGAAGAACGUCACGGAAGACAAAAUACGCGAAGAAAUCCUAAAACUCCAUGAAGAAAAGCAAAUUUAUCAAAAUUCCGCUAAAGAAGCACUUCGGAAGGCGUAUCAGGAUCGUUCGGAUGCCAUUCAGCGAUUAACUACCAUUCAACGGGCAUUGUGCAGCAGCGAGGACGAAUGUUCAUUACUCAGGGAACAAAUUUCUAAACUAACACAACAAAUUCAAGAAUUAACCGAAAAACUUCAAACGAUCCAAAAUCAGUUCGAUGAAAAAAUGUCUGAGGCAGCGCAGAAGGAAACUGAUAAAAAUGUCGUUAUCGAUGGACUGAAAAAUGACUUGAAAAUGCUGCAAGAGAGGAUUCCAUUGUUAGAGAACGACUUCAUGGGUGACGAAGAAGAAGGACAAGUAAAAGAUACCAACAUCUCAUCAGCUUCGAUUGAAAAAUUGUCAUCGCUCUUCAUGAACUCCAAUAUCAAAAACAUGAAGGACUCUUUUGACAUCAUCAGUGCAAUUUGCAAUGAAAAUGAUUUUGAAACAAACGACGAUUCUUCGCAACAACUGGACAACGCAACUGCUAAAAUCUACAAGAAAAUCUUGCACAUGGAGUCAAUAAUUAAUUUAAUUGAAGAGUCUGAGAUGAAAAAGGCUGGAAGUGGAUUAAAUAACGAUUCUAAUGUCGUUUCGGAGAAUAACGAGCAAUCUUCGAACCAAAAUGUUUGUGAUGGAAACCAAAAUUUGAAUUCAUCGGCGGUACUCGCUGCUGUGACGGAUGCAAAACUUAUGAAAAAAGCAAUUAAAAAUUUAAAAAAUAGUUUUAUUGAUUUUAUGAAGGAGAGUACAAAGAUCGGAAGUGACAGCAAGAGCAGCAAAGAUGCGGAAACUUCUGAAGAGAUACAAGAUCAAAUAACAACUUUGAAGCAAGAACUCGAGUCACGCCCAUCGCUGAACGACUACAAAGAAAAAAUAAAUCUCAUCGACGAGCUAAACGAGAAACUAACGCUCUCCGAAACGGAAAAUUUGGCAUUUAAGCUUGAACUGACGACAAACAAGACGAAAGUUGAGCAACUUGAAAAGGCUUUGUCGGAAAAGCAACUUGACAAACCGUCGUCAACCUCCGUGUCGGAAUCCACCGCUCAAACCGAAGCAAUAGAAAUAAAGGAAAUCUCAACCAACACCAGCUUUAAUGAAAAUCCAUCGGAACCCGCCGUCGCUGCAGAAAUUGUGCCAUCAUUAAAAACGACGCCGACGACGACGACGGAGGACAAACCGAGCGGUGUCGAAGAAAUUUUGUCGACGUCGCUUGAAAACGAACUCAAAAUUAUCCAGCAUCCGGAGAUGCAACGCGAAGAGGAGAUGGUUAUCUUUAAGGAAAAAUACACAAAACUAGUCGAGGAAAAGCUAAAGUUAGAUCAGGAAUUGUUGCAGCUGCGCGAAGACUAUCAUCAGUAUCGUAACAAAUCACUCGUCACGUUACUCAUCUAUUUAACGCCAAUUUUUGCACUAAUUAGCUACGUUUUCUCCUACAUGAUGUCAAGCAACUAAAAAAUUUAUUUAUUAUUUUUUUUUUUGUUUUUUGCUGCUAAAAAAAAGCUUAAAGCUGUGAAAGCAUUCAACAAAAAAAAAAGAAAAAUUUGAAAAAAUGUACUUUAAUGAAAUUUGUAGAGCAAAAAUUAAAUUAUUAAAAAAUUGUAUUAAAAAAAAUUUGACGUGGAAAUCUGCUUGAUAUU